AUGGCGCCGCCUCCGGACCCUCUCCCCGCCGGCAGGCAAGGGGAGGCCUUGCCGGGGCGAAGGAGGCCGGGCGCCGUGAGCUUCGCGGACGUGGCCGUGUACUUCUCCCCGGAGGAGUGGGGGUGUCUGCGGCCCGCGCAGAGGGCCCUGUACUGGGACGUGAUGCGGGACACCUACGGCCAUCUGGCCGUGUUCGGAUUUGCAGGCCCCAAACCCGCCCUCAUCUCCUGGAUGGAGAGAAAGAAGGAGGCGUGGAGCCCAGAGGCCGAGAAUCCCGAGGAGAGGGCGAGGAGGCGCCCAGGAUCAGCGAUAGAAAGCAAGAAAAAGAAUGAACUGAACAACAAAAUAGGGGCCAAGGAGCUGGAGGAUGCCCCUGUGAGGAACGGGCCAUCAGUGAAGGCCAGGCUGGUCCCUUGCUUCAGGGACUGUGGCCACCCACGCAUUGCCUCAGCUAGCCACCAGCGACUCCACUCUGGGGAGCGGCCCUUUCCCUGUGACCAGUGUGGACGUUGCUUCCGUCAAAGAGGCAAUCUAGUCAUCCAUAUGCGUACACACACAGGGGAGAAGCCCUUCUCUUGCCCAGACUGUGGAAGGCUCUUUGCCUACGCCUUGAUGCUAGUCAGACAUCGGCGAAUCCACUCUGGAGAUCGUCCAUGUGUCUGUGGGCCUUCUGGGGUUCAGUUCUCCCAGAGGGCUCACCUAGUCCAGCACCAGCUGCUCCAUAGAGGGGACAAGCCCUAUUCAUGUCCAGAUUGUGGCCGCUGCUUCCGCCAGACUGGGGCACUGGCCAUCCACAGACACAGACAUGGUGGGGAGAAGCCAUACCUGUGUACUGAGUGUGGGCACUACUUUACACACCCUUCCCUCUUGGCGAUCCACCAGCGCACCCACACUAGGAAGAAGCCCCAUAUCUGUUCUGACUGUGGUCGGGGCUUUGCCUACCCCUCCCUCCUGACCAACCACCAGCGGGUCCACUCUGAUGAGCGCCCCUACCCUUGUGCCCACUGCAGUGCCCGCUUUGCUCAGCAAAAUAACCUGCUCCAGCAUCAACUCAUUCACACAGGCGAAAAGCCCUAUGAGUGCCCUGAUUGUGGCUGCUGCUUCCGGCAAAGUGGCUCCCUGGCCAUCCACAGGCGCACACAUACAGGGGAGAAGCCCUACUCCUGCCCUGAGUGUGGGCACCGAUUUACCUCUUCCUGUGUCCUCAACAGCCACAGGCGCAUCCAUUCUGCUGAGAGGCCCUUCCCUUGUCCCCAGUGUGGGAAAACCUUUAAGUGA